GAUACAAAGCGGAACUGAAUUUUUCCAUCUACAACCAUACAAAGUAAGCCAUCGAAGCUCCUGGAUAGAUUUUUACCACACCGAGUCUAUCCCUUCUUCUAGUACCGUACAGAUUUUGCAAUACAAGUCGCUUUCUGCUCUUCGUUUUUCAAUAGCAGCGUGUAAUUUCUCAGUACGCAUGAACAGCGCUCAUUCUUUUCACCAUGCAACAGCCUCCUAAAUUCCCAAACGAAUCCCUACUUAAUCAAAAUAGCACCUUAUCCUUCCACUCCCUCCUGAAUCUCGCAUCUCUAAGUCCUUUACGCACUUUCCUAGCCCGCGCUCCCAUAUCAUCGAAUAGUUCAUCUGCCUCCUCAACCAGCACACCAGCCCCUCGUAUUCCUCAAAUCCACCCAGGCGAAUAUGAGACCUACAAAUCAGUCAAUAAACUCCUUUCAACAUUCAACUCCCGCUCUAUUGCCAAAGCCCGUCGGGCAAGUGCCAAAGCCAAAGCCCAGCUUCCUCAGAAUGAAGAGGAAGAUACAUAUCGUAGCAUUCACUGCGGCGAUCAAAAUUGUUGUUUUUCCUCCCCAUAUUCAUUUUAUCGCACACGUUCAAGCUUGUCCUCAUCCACUACGCGAUCUAAAAAUAUCCGAUCACAAUCUCGAUCUCGAUCCAUUUCGAAUCCAAAUCUACGACUCGCGAGUUUGAAAGGAGACGAGAAAUCUUUAUCCCCGCCUGUUUCCUCGUCGUCCCUACAUCCUUUUCGCAGAUCCCUUACUAUCACUGGAAGCUCGAAACGGUCAAAUUCGCUUUUUUCGGGCAGUCCACCGCCACCGGGAAAAACGCUACGGCCUUUGUAUGAAUACCCUGAGCCGGUUGGACCGAGAAGCUCCAGUUGGUUGAAUGGAAAGCUAGGUAUGAAGGUAGAGAGAUCGAAAAGCGUGAGUUGGGCUCGAGACAUACCGGACAAUUGUCAAAGAAGCGACAGUCAGCAUUAUCGACCAAGUAGCUUAUCUCUACUCUCAUGGACGGCAGAGGAUAUUGAAUUAGGCUUAAUGAAAGAAAACAGACUAGUGAAAGAGAAAUUAGGAAGCGAAAUUGCUUAUGAAUGGGAUGGAGCUUUUGGAUGGACACAAGCUUGUAAGGAAUGUGGAAGAGAAAGGUGUGUCAAAUGCUCAGGAAUUGUGUUUGAACAGGUUGUUGAGGAGGGAGAUACGGUGACUAGGAAGGAAGGGAUGUUUAAUAUUUGUACGCCGUGUGUACAUGGAUUCUGUCCUGGGACAAAAAUGUGGUUGAUAAUUAGAUGUAAGAGGUGCGGAGAAGUAGAAUGUCCGAGGGGUAGCGAGGUGUGUACUAUGGAGGGGUAGGGUGGUGGGAACAUAUCAAGAACGAACCUGGAAAUGAUUGGACCUGACUGUACCGAAUCAAUAGUAUUCGAUAAUCAUAAUAUAUUGCAACCCUUAAUUUGUUGCUAUUGUAACCA